AUGGAAGCGAUGCUUCCCGCCCCCGCCGUCGACCAGGCCGCUCCCCUGCCCGACAGGAGCAACGGCUGGCGCUACCUGGGCCCCCGAGAGGGAGAAAUCUACAGGCGCCAGGCGGUCUUCGGGGCCGGGCUCCUGGUGCACCCGUGCGACGCCGACACCUGGCGGGCGACCUUCGUCAACGUCGAGGGCGGCGGCCACGGACAGCUCGUGGUCUCCGCCGCCGACGAGACCUGGCGAGUCAUCCUAUGCUGGGGAUCACGGGGCCGAAGGAUCGACGUCAACCAGCACGGUAUCCCUGCAUCUCCUGUGGAUCUGCAGGUUUGCACAGGUGUCACAUCGGAGGAUCCAUGCUUCAGACAGCUCAAUAGCGCAUCCUUCGGCCACCGACUCGUGAAAUACGAUCCCUUGACCGAGUUUGGAUCUACGUGGAAGGAGAGCCUCCCGGGUACCUGUCUGGCGGUCCUGGUCGCAGACUCGUGGCAAGACUGUCAGGUCGAUCUACGCGCACGCGAUCGACGGAGAUUUGGGUUCCGUGACGUAGACCCGCUGACCGGAACCUUUGGUCGUUGCGCGAACAUGACGGAGGCAAUCCUCUCCUCGAGCCAGACGGAGACGGACCAGAAGACCGCUCGUAAGCGGCGGAGAGGAGCCGAUGACACGGCAGACAGCAAGAAGACCUGGUACGCAACUCCCGCUAAUGCGGUGGACGAGCUCAUGCUCCAUCUGCACCUCGGUGGCGUGGCUUGUACGGGCAGACUGACCANCGGGGGGGGGGGCUUGUUUUACAACGUCGUUGCCAAGCGACGAAAACCCAACAAGAGGGGGAGGAAGGGGGUCAAAAUAUCCAAGAGGAACCAGAAAAGGUCGUAA